AUGGACAUGUUCAUUCCAAGAGGAUUUGCAAAGCACCUCCUCAGCUUGAGUCGCGCUGAAAUGCGUUCCAGAAUCGGCGCGGUUGACCACUGGACCAGUUGCUCUUCUCGCGUUGAAGCAUGGCAACAAGUGCACCAUGUGUUUCAAGUCCUUCCACCUACAGUACUUCGACGCAAACACCACUGCCGGCGAUGUGGCUCGUCGAUGUGCAGUCCGUGCACUGUGCUCUUGCGCUGCGUCGACCGGCCAACGAAUUCUCGAACCAACGACGCGACAGCAGCGGGCAAAGUUCUGCAAGUCGUGCUGGGUGCAGGCCAAGGUGGACACGAUACGACUCAAGGAGGAAGUGAAUGGAGACAGUCAAUCGAAACCAACAGCGCCGUGACGAGCGACACGGCGCACCCCGUCGCAUAUUUGGUUUCCCCUACCCGCAACGGCGACUACUUUUUCGUGACCAACAUGCACCGCUCUGUACCCAAUACCCGCACUAGCUAUCUCACAGUGUCGUAUGCACUGUCACCAAAACUUGACUCGACACCGUCCAACAGCCAGAUACUGUAUGCCCCCGAGAUCUCGAUGCUGUCGACCGACUUUUCUGAAUACAACUUGACGUCGCCACUGCAAGACCACUCCCCCCGUCAAUGGAGCCCCCCUUCCAAGCCACAUCAGAGCGACCACCUGUCACAAGUGCCAUCACAAUCGCCGGUGGAGAGGGAUCAGAGUCGCUCAUAA